CGUCGCCUUCUAUACUUCCACUCUAUGAGGUGGAUGUUAGUUGCGGUAGACUGGUAGGACUACUGGCCCGUUAUAAAUUUAUUUCAGAUCCUUACGGCCCAUUAAAGUGCGUUUAUUAGCAUCAGAGUUCGGCCCAUGGACCAUUAGGCCAUUUUAUCAUCACUUCAAUUCGGCUGUCUGUACCUCUCGUUUCUUUUCCGUAGAUGAAUGGCUGGAAGGAUACCACACGGCACGCAGAGAAAACACAAAAGCGAAAACCCACCUCAUAAAUCCUCUCAAAUAUCCAAAAUCUCUAUGCGGCAAUUCAAGUGGGUUCGGGUGAAUUCCGUACAAAAUGCAAUCUGUGAGCAUCUGGCCAUCCGAAGCUGUGUUGUGUUUGGUGCCCAAAGUGGACUUAGAAUCUGGGUCUCCUAGUUUUUCAAUCACAAAAUGGAGGAGAAAGAGAUGGGAUCUUUUUCACCCUGUUUUCAACUGUAGUAGUAAUGGUGUUCUAUUGGUUUCUAGCAUUUCAAGGUCUUGUAGGAGAGAGGUCUCUUGUGGGAGUCUAAAAUUCGAUAUUAAUUGCGGGUUUUUAUCUGGAUAUUCCCAACAAAAGUUGUUUGGUUCUUCAGUUGCUUUGGUUUGGGCACAGGACCAGCAAGCAAUUGGACAAGUGUUUUCUGGAGAAGAUACAAAUUUUGUGAAUGGGAUUUCACUAAAGAGUGGAGAUGAUGAUACUGAUAGUGUUGAUUUAAUCUGUGUGGAAGGUAGUAAUGAUGCUAGUGAUGAAGAGAAUAGUAGAGGAGCUUCUGAGAGUGAAGAUGAAUUUGGACAGGAAAACAAUUUGAGGGUCGAUGUUCGUGCAUUGGCAAGGAGUUUAUGGUUUGCUAAAACUGCUGAUGAUGUGGAAGAGGUCCUCAAGGAUAAGAGAGAACUUCCUCUUCAAGUGCACUGUUCAAUGAUUAGUGGUUUUGGAAGAGACAGGAGAAUGGAACCUGCACUGGCUCUUGUUGAGUGGCUUAAGAGAAAGAAGAAAGAAAUAGAUGGUACUACAGGGCCCAAUGCUUUUGUAUAUAAUAGUUUAUUGGGUGCUUUAAAACAAUCCCAAAGAUUUGCAGAAGUAGAGAAAGUUAUGAAUGACAUGGCUUUGGAAGGAAUUGUUCCUAAUAUUGUAACUUAUAAUACAUUGAUGAUUAUUAAUGUAGAGAAGGGAGAACCAGCCCAGGCCCUUAGUAUUAUUGAGGAAAUCCAGAAGAAAGGCCUCAUACCCUCAGCGGCUACAUAUUCAAAUGCAUUGUUGGCUUAUCGAAGAAUGGAAGAUGGGUAUGGAGCUCUUCAGUUUUUUGUUGAAUUUAGAGAGAAGUAUAUAAAAGGUGAGAUUGGAAAACAUCCAGACGAAGAUUGGGAAAAUGAGUUUGUUAAACUUGAGAACUUCACGAUGCGUAUUUGCUACCAAGUGAUGCGACAGUGGCUCGUGAAGCGAGAAAACCUAAGCUCUGACGUUCUGAAACUUCUGACCGAUAUGGAUAACGUUGGGCUUCAAUUUGCUCGGCCAGAACAUGAGCGCCUUGUGUGGGCUUGUACCCGUGAAGACCAUUAUGUUGUCGCAAAAGAAUUGUAUCGGAGGAUUAGAGAAAGGCACUCGGAAAUCAGUUUAUCUGUCUGCAACCAUGUGAUUUGGUUAAUGGGAAAGGCUAAGAAGUGGUGGGCUGCCUUGGAGAUAUAUGAGGAUUUGUUGGACAAGGGGCCCAAACCGAAUAACUUGUCAUAUGAAUUGAUUAUCUCUCAAUUUAACAUUUUACUUACUGCCGCUAGGGAGAGAGGAAUUUGGAGAUGGGGCAUUAGACUGCUGAACAAAAUGGAAGCGAAAGGCCUUAAACCCAGAAGUAGGGAGUGGAAUGCAGUUCUUGUUGCCUGUUCUAAAGCUUCUGAAACUACUGCUGCUGUGCAGAUAUUUACGAGAAUGGUGGAACAAGGGGAAAAACCAACUAUUAUUUCCUAUGGGGCAUUGCUUAGUGCCCUUGAAAAGGGUAGACUCUAUGAUGAGGCUGUUGGGGUGUGGAAGCACAUGCUUAAGGUGGGUGUUAAACCAAACUUGUAUGCUUGCACAACUAUGGCUUCAGUGUUCACCGGGCAAGGAAACUUUAGGAUGGUAGAUACUAUUAUUGAUGAGAUGGUCUCUUCUGGCAUUGGACCAACUGUUGUCACAUACAAUGCAAUUAUCAGCGGCUGUGCUCGAAAUUGCAUGGGCGGUGCUGCAUAUGAAUGGUUUCACCGCAUGAAAGUUAAUAACAUCUCGCCAAAUGAGAUUACUUAUGAGAUGCUGAUUGAGGCUCUUUCAAAGGAUGGUAAACCAAGGCUUGCAUACGAAUUGUAUUUGAGGGCUCAGAAUGAGGGCCUUAACCUUUCCUCGAAGGCUUUUGAUGCAAUCAUACAAUCCUCUGAAGAACAAUCCGCUUCUAUUGAUGUCAGUGCUCUAGGACCGAGGCCCUCGGACAAAAAGAAGAAAGUUAAAAUCCGAAAAACUUUGACCGAGUUCUGCAAUCUAGCUGAUGUUCCAAGGAGAAGUAAACCAUUUGAUAGAAAGGAAGUUUACUCCCCGCAGAUAGAGACAAAUGAGAAGAAUUCUUGACGAUGUCGAUAAAGUUGCAUCAAGAAGAAAAUAACAGUACUAAGUUUCAGCCGGCCUAGAGUUGUAGACGUAGCAAUAACAACUCAUUAGACCAGAACGAUGAAUCAAAAACAAAACAGGCCAAAAGCAAGUAAGCAAUGUAUCCGGCACCUUGGCUUUGAAGGUAUAAUGUGUUUGUUCCAGCCCAUUAUACUUCUAUUUAGCUAAACUGAUUUUGAGCUGAGCUUGGUAUGUUUAGAUGUCCCUUUUUCUUCUCCAACUUAUCUAGAAGGAAAAAAAACAUUGGUUAGAAUGAAUUCUUGUAGUUGGAGGACCCAUGAUUUUUCAUGUUAAUAUUCUGGGAGUAUUUGAGGAGACAGAGGCAAUACACUUCUUGUAGAUUGACUGGUGGAACUCCACGCACACUUAGCGAACAUGUGGUAAAGUUGCACUAGUGUAACAUAGAGGUCAUAUGUUCAAGUCGUGUAUGGGAGUAAGGUAUAUGUACAUAUGGUCUUCCCACUGCGGGGAAAUUGUGGUAUUAUUUAAAGUAUUUGAAAAUUUGAAAUAUAUACUUUUGGUUUUGGUAUUUUUCCAUCAAAAUUUAGUUGAGUAGUAAGUAGAUUGUAUUUUAUGGUUGAUUGAAAGAUGUUUAUAAAGAUGCUGUCUACAAUA